AAAUGUAAGGAGGUCGUUGGUGGCGGGCUUUAGAACCGUGACCUUCACCCCGUUCCCACCCCGCUUAUAGGUAAGCAAGGCUUAGUUUUUAUGUGUGUUUAAAUUGUUAUAUUUGAUAAUAUUGUUACUAUGUUUUGUUCAUAUCCUGGUUUAAACGAAUUAGUAUUAUUAUAAGGCUUACAAAUAUGUUCAAAGAACAUGAUAUUUGUUAACAGAAAGGUGUAAUUUAAGGUGAUAUUGUUGUUACGUAAUGCUCAGAGGGUGUGACUUCUUAAUGUACAAGUGGAUUACACGUAGAGGAAAUGGAUGCGUAGGCUAUGCCUGUACGGGUGGAAUGCAUUUGUGUGUACGGUCAAUUGGGCCUUGGAGUGUGACUGUUGUAGUCGGGAACUUGGGCGCUAAUGACUAUGUGUUAGGUUUUGGUGUAGAGAAACCUGAUUAACGAAGAAUUAUGAUCUUUUAAGUUUGAUUAAUUAUGUUAGGAAUUUGUAUUUGAUCCAGCUUAUACACUUUGGGCAUUUGCAUUGUCUUAAAUAAGUUAAAGUUAUUGUUAUUAACGAUUCAAAUGUUUUAGUGUAGUGAACACUGUUUACCUUUUGUUGUCAUAAUGCUGAAAGAUGUGUCGUUGUUUAUUCUUGUAAUUGAUAACUGUUUAUCAUUACUUGACCCCGUUCCCACCCCGCUUAUAGCGGUGUGUCCUUUACAGAAUAAAGAGCACCAACUCUACUCCUCAGGCUGCCAUUGUCAUCUGUAUUGUUCGAGGUCUACCCCCACUCAUUCCGGCUACCCGUCCCAAUCUACCACCCCCUUACAACUGGCGACGAGGAUGGGAUAUCGUCGACGACGCUACGCUAUUAUUCUGAAGACAAACAUGAUCCAAUGUAAGACUGAAAAAUGUCAAUGUCAUGUUUUUACAUAAAUAACUGCUUUCUAGAUGUAUUUUCUAGAUGUUAUUAGUACUGUACUCGAUCCUAGGUAUCGAUUAGUUUUUGCCUUACUCAUUUGUAAAUGCUUGAGAUAUUAGUUGUUUACUAACUAUUUUGAUAUAUCUACUACUGAACUCGAUCCUAGGUAUCGAUUAGUUUUUGCCCUACUCAUUUGUAAAUGCUUGAGAUAUUAGUUGUUUAGUAACUAUUUUGAUAUAUCUACUAUUAAACUCGAUCCUAGGUAUCGAUUAGUUUCUGCCCUACUCAUUUGUAAAUGCUUGAGAUAUUAGUUGUUUAGUAACUAUUCUGAUAUAUCUACUAAUCUCAUAUUGCUAAAAUGGGUUUGUAUGUAAGAAUCGGGGAUGACGGGAAAUCCUUCAAAUUCCCCCUUGUAGAAGAGGGGGGCCCCCUAUCACUUGAAGCAUUACAGUCAAGAUAUCCCUCUGCCAAAGGUUUGGUUUAUAAAGAUGUUAAUGAAGAAGAGGUGAUACUGCCCGCAGUUGGCGGGUUCAUCCGGCCCCUUGGGCAGUGGAUAGUGACAUUAUAUCACCCUCUCUUCGCAGAAGAGAAAACUGGUAGUGACGAGACGGUUCAAAGCUUGAAAGAGCUUCUAUUGAGGCCCCCGCCUCAACUUAUGUUGGCGCCGGAGAAAAGAUUACCAAUCUUCGACGGGGCAGGGGAUGUGCAAGAGUUUGUGACGGCAAUUGAGGAUGCAUUCAAACAUUACAAUGUUCCUUCGACGCGACAAGCCACCUUCCUUUUAGAGUAUCUUAGAGGAGGGCUGAAGGACGAGGCCAAGGCCAUUAUCAAAGGUGGUGGCAAUGUCGAGGAGAUGGUCGACUUCCUCAAGUCAUCAUACGCAGAAGUGAUACCUGUAGGUGAACUGCAACGCCGAUUUCUUGAACGGAGGCAGGGGACAAGAGAAUCUGUUCGUGAAUAUGCUGUCGACCUAGAAAGGAAGUUCCUGAGCUUGACAUCAAGAAGCCCCUACCUGUAUGCAAAACCUGACGCUUUGAUUGCAGAACAAUUCGUUGAGGGCCUUGAGGACACAUUCUUGCGCAACACCUUAAGAGAUAUGUAUGAGGUGAAAGACGAGAUGACCUUUAGGGAACUGCGAGAGCUCGCAAUAAAACGCGAGCGCAGAGAGGAAGCACGACCAAGAGCAGGAGCUUCUAGUGCAGCACAUCUGUCUUCGAUUAAAGGUCAAUCCACAUCCCUGGACAAUGGAGUCCUUGAAGCAGUAAGGGCCAUGACUAAUGAAGUAAUAGGGGCAGUAAGGGAGAUGAUGCAGUUUAAUCGCCCUCGGGGCAGCUUGCAGGUGAAACCAACCUCUUCGGGGCCUACGCAGAGGGGUCCUUGCUUUAAUUGUGGUGCCUUUGGACACUUCGCAAGAGAGUGCCCCCAACAGAAACGCAGGAGGAGCACCAACUCAAUGUAUCCUGAAAGUGCUCCUCCGUUGAGGAAUGAAGCAAGUCCAUAUCCACCCGGCAAUUAUAGAGAAGAGCGUCCUUUAUACCCAAUAGGACCUCUAAUGUCUGGGCCGUACAUGGUAGAAGGUCAGUAUCCCACUUAUCCAGAACAACAGAUUCCUCUUCAGACCUCUCUCAGAUCUAAUCAAAUGGAAGGACCACUUCCUGGGCCAUCGGAGAGAGGUGCCCCUCCGCAUAUGGGACCACCUAAUCGAAUGGAAGGAUCGCUUCCUGGGCCAGGGAUGAAAGGUGCUCCUCCGCCUACGGGACCACCCCGCAGCCAAGACCCCAGCUUUGCAUCUGGAGGGGGGCAAGAUAAUAGGCAGUGGAAACAGGAACACGGCAAAGUGGUUGGCAAUGUUUCCAAAGUGAGUGCAACGGCAGUGGACGGUGAGGAAAGAGGAUUCCUAUCCAGGGCGGUUGGAGAGUGCUAUUCAGUGGAAGUGGAAUUCGGUACGGUUCAGGUUCCCUGUCUCCUUGAUCCAGGAUCACAAGUGACAACGGUAGGAGAAUCCUUCUUCAACCAACACCUCAGGCCAGCAGGCUUUACGUUGAGGGAUAUCCCUUCUUCCUUCACAUUGGUCUCUGCUGGUUAUCAGGCUAUCCCAUAUGUAGGAUAUUUUGAUACUGAUGUAUCUGCUCUCGGACAUUGCAUGUCUUCAAGAAUAGUACUUGUGCUUGCCGAAGUAGAGGCCAAGCGAAGGGGCCAGAGCCUAAUGGGAAUACUAGGGAUGAAUGUUCUACAUGAAUGCUGGAACCAAUUGAUAAGGGGCGAGAAAGAUCAUUUCUUGACAAGAAUGCCGUGGCCAACCACGGAUACAGCUUGGCAAAAGGCCCUUCAGGCCGUCGACGAACAGAUGCAGUUGACUCAGAAGGAGGGUGUUAUCGGUAAAGCUUUUGUGAAGCCCGAGUCAUGCUUCGUAAUAUCAGCUCGUCAAGCAGUGGUGCUUGAAGUUCAGAGUCCAACAGGGCCUCGCAAAGAACCAUAUGAACUCCUUCUAGAAGCUGAGCGAAAUGAUACCAUACCAUCUGGUUUGACCAUCCAGUCUUGUAUUGUGCGUGUUGAGGAGGGGAAAUUUCCGGUCAUGGUGUCCAAUGAUAAUGAGGAGGAUAUAGUGAUCCCCAAGAAGCUCCAGAUAGGUACUUUGUAUAAUGCCACUGUAGUAGGAGGAACAGAGCCGGGGACAGAUCCACCCGGAGGAACUGGAGCUGCACCAGUACAUGUUGAUGUUGAUUGGUCUUCACUCGGUAAAAGACAGUCCCAGGCGCUGGAGGACCUCUUAGAGAGACAUCGUGAGGUGUUUUCAGCACAUGACCAGGAUUUUGGUUAUACUGACAAGGUAAUUCAUCGGAUCGAGACCGGGGAUGCCGUCCCAUUCAAAGAGAGACAUAGGCCCCUUCCUCCGACUCAGUACCAGGCGGUACGAGAUCAUAUCCAUGACCUGAUACAUAAGGGAGUUGUUCGGGAGAGUCAGAGUCCAUGGGCCUCGCCCGUAGUGAUAGUCAGAAAGAAAGACUCAAGCAUCAGGUUGUGUGUGGAUUAUCGUCACUUGAAUUGCCUUACACGUCGAGAUUCCUUCCCACUCCCCAGGAUAGAGGAAUCACUCCAAGCUUUAGGGGGAGCCCAGUUCUUCACAGUGCUGGACUUGACCAGUGGCUAUUAUCAGGUAGCUAUGCACUCGGGUGAUAUUGAAAAGACUGCAUUUUCCGUGCCCUUCGGACUCUUUGAGUACACACGACUCCCAUUUGGGUUGACGAAUGCCCCUGCGACCUUUCAGAGACUCAUGCAAAGAUGUCUUGGAGACAUGUGCUAUACAAGUGUACUACUAUACAUAGAUGACAUAAUUGUAUUCUCCCCUGACUUUGAUACUCACCUACAGAAGCUUGAUGAAGUAUUCUCUAGAUUGAAGAGCUACGGGUUGAAACUGAAGCCUUCGAAAUGCCACAUCCUGCAGAAAGAAGUCCAGUAUCUUGGGCAUAGAGUGUCAUCAGCCGGAGUAGCAGUUGACCCAGAGAAGGUUUCCACAGUAAAGGAAUGGCAGGAACCAGAGACUGUCAAAGAGGUUAGAGCGUUCUUAGGGUUCACUGGGUUUUUUAGGAGAUUCAUGGAAGGAUAUGCCACCACGGCCGGCCCUCUGUUCAAUCUACUCAAGGCUGACCCAGAUAGAAAGGGGAAAGGCAGGAAGAGAGCAGUUCCUGGUUCUAAGAAGGUAGUAUUGGAUGAAGAAGCUAGAACAGCUUUCCGAAAGCUGAUAGAGUGUCUCACAAAUGCACCUAUUCUAGCAUAUGCAGACUUCACAAAAACUUUUCAGGUAGAGACAGAUGCUAGUGCAACAGGACUUGGGGCCAUACUCACUCAAUCUGAUGAGACCGGUAACCAUCAUGUGAUAGCCUACGCCUCCAGGACUCUACGGCCUGCAGAGCGUAGUGGACGGUACAGUGCCUUUAAACUCGAGCUUCUUGCGAUAAAGUGGGCUGUAACAGAGGCCUUCAGAGACUAUCUCCUCAGCCAGCCAUGUAGCAUUGUGACUGACCACCAACCACUUCUGUUUCUGGAUAAGGCUAACUUGGGAAACACUGAACUGAGAUGGGUGCAGAGGCUGAGCUCCUUUGACUAUGAGAUACAAUACCGACCAGGGAAACACAACCAAGCACCGGAUGUGUUAUCUCGCCGAGACAACCCUACUGCUGGUCUUGGCCCUGAUGUCGUGACUAGCAGCACCAUACAGGCCACCUUUGACCUGCAUUCUCCCGGAGCUGAGAUCCCCAUUGCCCUAAGCAGUCAGAUUGGUGUGUGUCGCCUGGGUGGAACAAGUUGCCUACCUGGAUAUACCAAUGAGAUGUUGAAGAGGUACCAAGAAAGCGACAGUGACGUGAGACAAGUUAGGGAGUUAGUAGAUAGAGGCACAAGACCAACACGUGAAGAAAGAGGUCGCUGUUCAACCUUAGCAUUACUCAUCCUCCGGAGCUGGAAGAGGCUUAGCAUGAAGGAUGGAGUUCUUGUUCGGGAAGUCCAAUCCACGAUAGAUGGACAAAAACACUUGCAGGUAGUCAUACCCACAGAUCUGCAAGAGGAGGUCCUUAUCAGGUUUCAUGACGAGGCAGGACACUUUGGAGCCAGACGUGUGUAUAAACUGCUGGUAGACAGGUAUUUCUGGCACGGUAUGGAGGUGUCAGUCAAGAACUGGUGUCAGAAGUGUCGGCGCUGCGCCACAAGUAAACCACCUAUCCACCAGCCUCGUCCUCCAUUCUCAUCGAUCGAGGCCACUGCUCCAAUGGAAAUAGUUGCCAUGGAUUUCACCGUUCUAGAAGCGUCGGAUGAUGGAUACGAGAACUUGCUCAUCUUUACUGAUGUUUUCACUAAGUAUGCCUGGGCUGUCACAACUCGUGACCAACGUGCCUCAACAGUGGCCAAGGCUUUGGUAAAACAUGUAAUUACUCCUUAUGGGUGUCCGCUGAGAAUCCAUUCCGAUCAAGGCCAGUGUUUUGAGGCCAAGCUCAUUGCAGAACUUUGUCAGAUGUAUGGUAUUCGACGUAGCCACACCACUCCUUAUCACCCUGCUGGAAAUGGGCAGUGUGAACGCAUGAAUAGGACCCUGCAUAACAUGCUAGCCUCCCUGCCACCCAAAAAGAAGUGUAAGUGGACUUACUACCUCCCUUCCCUGGUGUUUGCUUACAAUAACACCAUUCAUUCUAGUACAGGUGUCGAGCCAUUCUUUCUCAUGUUCGGCAGGAAUGCUAGAUUUCCACAAAGCUUCGUUCAAAGUGGGGAAGGAGCUCAGAGAGGCAAGAAGGGAGUCAAGUCAUAUAUUUCAGAGCACCAGUCACAGUUACGAAUGGCUAGAGACAUUGCAACGAAGAACGCUAAGGCUGCGGUGGAGGCACGUAAAGCACUCCAGGCCCGGAAGGUUUUUGAGAAGCCUCUUGGAGUAGGCCAGUAUGUUCUUGUCCGACGACAUGGAUUCAGGGGCCGAUCAAAGAUAGCCGAUUACUGGGAGGAAGAACCUUUUAUGGUGGUAAAGCGGCCCUUUCCAGAUCGCCCAGUCUACGUAGUAAGGAGCCAUUUGGGCAAGGAGAAGGUCUUACACAGGACACAGUUGAAACACUGCCCCUGGCUACCAGGGGGAGAUGUAGACAAACAGUUAACAGAAGAUGAAACUGAAUCAGAAAGCCGAACACCUGUUGGUUAUGUCCUACGCUACCGCCAACGUCCAGUUCAAACUGAAUCUUCCAGGAGCCUUUCGGGAGGCACUAGUAGCUCUGGGAAUUCCUCCUCUGGACCCCCGGGUAAUGAAGAUGAAGGCACUUGUGAGUCUGAAGUCGGUGUCUCUCAUGUCGCUAGUCCUUGUCCCAGUAACAAUGGGAGUGAAUUGGAAACUGCACCAGUGGUGGCACAGACCGCCAAUCCUUUGUCUCCAAAGGAACAACGGCUGGAGCAAAGGAGGUACCCUAGAAGAGCUACGCGUGGUGUACCACCCCAGAGGUAUAUAAACUACACUUAGCAGAGAUUAAUUUGACCAGGCAUCGAUCGCAUUGAACUCUUCAACCUAAAUGACGAGGAAAAGGAGUGUUGUUUAUUUAUCUUUAUUCAAGAAAGUAUAUAUAUAACAUAAUAAUAAAGAUGUGACAUAAAACCCAGGACAGAGAUUUGUAUUAUAUUAGAUGCAUCUCAUGCAGGGAUAAACAAUUACAAUAUAUAAUAACAAAACGGAAAAGAGAACAUCAUAAUGUCAGUGUUUUAAAUGAAAACAUUAAUAAUUCCUAACAAAAUAACAAAAACAAAAAUAAUAAUUAUUUUUUAGUUAGCAAUUAAUGCCUCAUAAUAUAUUAACAUACCGUGGUUAUAUUUAUUAAUUUUUUCUUAAUAAGUAAUCAACCACGGGAACCUAUCUCCAUAGAGAGAGAGAGAGAGAGGGUUGAAGAGAGAAAGAGGGAGAGGGAGAGAAAGAGGUCUCGGUAUUGCAAGUCGUACAAGGUAGUUAAACCACUUACACUCCCAAGUAAUGUUGUGAUUGCCAGGUGCGUUCCGACCGGCUGAAAAAAAUAACAUACGAUUUAAACAGUACGGUUUUCAAGAUUUCAUUUCUCAGUCGUGGAUACCUUACUUUGCAUUUACAUGUUUUCAACAUAUCUAUAAGUUUUUUGUUGUUGUCAGGAGUUAUCGAACCUCGGGAACCUAUCUCUACACACAGUAAUUUGGGAGUCCAGCCGGCUUCUGAGAUAUCAUGUAUUAGUCCGGCGUACUUGUCAAGCUUUCUUUGGUGGGCCUGUUGAAUGUUGGUUUCAAAUGGAAUUGUCAACUCAAAUACUAGUAUUUCCUUUUUUCUAACAUUAAUGAAUUUGGUGUGCAACCUGGAUUGUAGAUGACUUUUUGGUCCAGUUUUACUCUCUGGCCAUCUGUUGAUCUAGGGCAUGAACUACCAUUUCGUCGCCUUUAACUUUAGAUCUACUGUAGGAAAGGCAAUGACAUGGUUGGUAGAGUUCAGAGAUAGUGGGAAUAUUAAGCCCCCUUGGGGCAUGAACUACAGCAAUAUUGGCACCACACCGGGGGAUGCCCAUCCACUUUUAAUGUAUUUGUCUAGAAGUGUAUCUAGUUGUCCAAGGUGGGUUGCAUGAAGGUCAUGUACAGUUAACAUAUCUCUCAUAGAGGAGAGAGCAUAAUCAUUAAGGAUUUUUAGCUUAUACUCGUUUUUUAUGUUUACACUAUCUAUAUUCGUGAGGGAACUAUCAACCUUAUCACGGAUGAAAUCAUAUGUUUUUGAAGUUUUCAUUUUGAAAGUAAUGUGAGAUCCUAGAAAUUUAAUAGGAUUAUUUUGUAUAGAUGCAAUUUGUUCCCUAGCUAAGGAAAAAUCAAUAACUGUUGGUUUACCGUCUGAAAUUGAUAAGGAACGACACUUCUUAGCUUUGACUGCUAAGCCCAUAUUACUGAGAAGUUUAUUUACUUUUUGAACAAGUUUUUGAUGAUACCUUUUAUUUUCAGUUAAUGAGGAAAAGGAGAUACCUAAUGCCUAGAUUACUCAUAAUAUAUUGUAUUAUAUUAUAUUGUAUUGUAGUAUGGUAUUAUAAUAUAUUUUUGGUGAUUAUGUUUGUGUUCGGUUUCGCCUCUACACAAUCAUUUUGUAUACUUAAGACACGAGUGAAAGUCCUGAGUAUGGAAAAGACCUUUAAUUGUGACUAUAUAAACAACCAAAAAUAUACCUAUACAUGCAUGUAUUUUUCGAAAGGUAACGUGAUAAUUUGUUUUUACAUACUAUAAAGAUGUUGUUUCCAUCUUUAUUUGACCUCCCCCCCCCCCCCCCCCCCAAAAAAAAAGGGGGGGCGGGAAGAGGUAGGCUUAAUCUGAAUAUAUUUCUGAUUUAUCCUUUAUUAUUUUAGAAGUACCGGUAACUUUUGCAAGACUAGUGAAUUUGACAGUAGGAGCUAUGACUGAUGUAUCAUUUACGUAUCGUAUACCUUUGCGAGACUGUAGUGAUUUUGACAGUAUGAGCUAUUUUUUUGACUACCGGUAAUGUGUUAUGCAAGUGUCGUAUACAGAUUUGAUAUCCAUCUAAUGCAAGCUGCUAAACAAUUUUAAGUUAAAUGUUGUGACAAGGGAGGCAUAUAUUUUAUGUAUGUAUUACUUGUCUUUCUUUGUUAUUGUUGUUACCUAGAAUAAGUCGAAUGCUAUUAUGAUGUAUCAUUUCCUUGCUUUGAUUAGAAAACUAUCAUACGGAGUCUCUCCCAUUCUUAGCCGAUUCAUAUUUCUAUAUUUUGUUAUGAAAAAAAAAAAAAAAAAAAAAAAAAAAAAAGAAGAAGAAAAAAAGUUGGUGAUAAAGAAAUGAAACGAAAGAAGCAACCAUGCCAAUUAGGACAAUAUCUAUUUUAUAAAGUACCUCCCAGAUUGUUUGAGGUAGUAUAGAAAUGUAUGUUCUAUGGAGAUUGUUUCUAUUGAUUGAUUUUAUAGAUAUUGUUAAUAAUACAUGUAAUUGAUGUUGAGAAAUGGUUUUUGUUGCAUUAUGAGUCAUCAAGGGACGAUGACUAUUUAAAGUGGGGAAGGAUGUAAGGAGGUCGUUGGUGGCGGGCUUUAGAACCGUGACCUUCACCCCGUUCCCACCCCGCUUAUAGGUAAGCAAGGUUUAGUUUUUAUGUGUGUUUAAAUUGUUAUAUUUGAUAAUAUUGUUACUAUGUUUUGUUCAUAUCCUGGUUUAAACGAAUUAGUAUUAUUAUAAGGCUUACAAAUAUGUUCAAAGAACAUGAUAUUUGUUAACAGAAAGGUGUAACUUAAGGCGAUAUUGUUGUUACGUAAUGCUCAGAGGGUGUGACUUCUUAAUGUACAAGUGGAUUACACGUAGAGGAAAUGGAUGCGUAGGCUAUGCCUGUACGGGUGGAAUGCAUUUGUGUGUACGGUCAAUUGGGCCUUGGAGUGUGACUGUUGUAGUCGGGAACUUGGGCGCUAAUGACUAUGUGUUAGGUUUUGGUGUAGAGAAACCUGAUUAACGAAGAAUUAUGAUCUUUUAAGUUUGAUUAAUUAUGUUAGGAAUUUGUAUUUGAUCCAGCUUAUACACUUUGGGCAUUUGCAUUGUCUUAAAUAAGUUAAAGUUAUUGUUAUUAACGAUUCAAAUGUUUUAGUGUAGUGAACACUGUUUACCUUUUGUUGUCAUAAUGCUGAAAGAUGUGUCGUUGUUUAUUCUUGUAAUUGAUAACUGUUUAUCAUUACUUGACCCCGUUCCCACCCCGCUUAUAGCGGUGUGUCCUUUACAGAAUAAAGAGCACCAACUCUA